AUGUCAGGUAAUUCAACAAAUAUGAAUUUAAAUGCAACAAAUCAACAAAACAUUGUAUUAAAUCAACAGAAUUUAAUUAAUCGCGGUAAUAUCAUUGUAAAUCAAACACAAAAUACACAAAAUUUAAUAUUAAAUCAAACAAAUAUUAUGCAAAAUUCACAAAAUAUCAUCUUGAAUCAUUCAAAUCCACAAAAUAUUGUGUUGAGUCAAAAUAAUUUAUUAUCAGCAACAAGCCGUCCAUUAUCAACAAAUAAUAGUAAUAAUAAUGGUAUGGGUGGGGUGGGUGGUGUACAAACAACUGGAGCUGGGGGUGCUACAACAAAACAACAACAAGCCAGUCCAAUACAUCACCCAAGCCCAUGUCAAAGCCCAUACCAAAUAUUUAACACGAAUGCAACAAUGAUUGGUUCAAAUAAUUUAAGUUUAAUUUCGAAUUUCCCACAAAAUGUUGCUACGAAUGCGUUUACAAAUUUUCAUCAUAAUCAACAAUCAAAUAAUGGUGGUAAAAAUAUAACAAUGAGUGCAGCGGCUGCGGCUGCAGCUGCUAAUAUUAUUGCUGCACAGCAAUCGCAUCAUCAACAAUCAACAAUAAUACAGACAACAGGUGGUGCUGGGGUUAUAAAUAAACAACAGUCAACAACACCGAACUCAAUAAACACAACAUAUUCAACAAAUCCAAGUCCGUUGUCGAAUCAAUCGAUACAUUCGCCAUAUUCAAAUCAAAUAUUGAGCCCUUCGUCUAACAUUAGUAGUGUACAAUCAACGUUAAAAUCACCGGUGCAAUCGCCGUCUCCCGUACAUUUACGCCCAACUACACCGCAACCGUUACCUUUAUUGCAACAAACAUUUCAACAAGUUGCAAUGCCAACCGCAGUGAUGACAUCCGGACCAAAUCAUCAACUUGUACAAAUAAUACAAGCAUCAAAUAAUAAUAUUGUUGGCUCAUAUCAAAACCAUCAUCCAAUACAAUCUAUUACACGCCAAUCGAUCAUAGCUGCAACCCCAACAGUCUCCGGACAACAUAUACAGCAACAUCAACAACAACAACAUCAUCACCAUCAUAUUCAACAAACAACAAAUGCAACAUCAAUAGUUAAAAUCAAACAACCAUUAAAUAUAUUACCAAAACCACCAUCAAAUCAACAACAACAACAGCAACAGCAACAACAACAAACCCAUCAAACAAUACAACAGCAAACUAGUAAUAUUAUUACAAGUAAUAAUAUUGUAAAUAGAAAUCAACAAACAACAACUAGAAAUCAACAGCAACAACAAACAACAACAAUACAAAUACAACAGAAUAGUCAUCACCAUCAUUCACACCAUCAUACCACGAAUACCAGUGGUCCAGCUAGUGCGAAUAAUGCAACGACAACAGCUAACACGGCUACACCAAUUGUGUUACCAACAAAUCAUCAAGCAAUAUUACAAGCUCAGGGUGCUCAAGGACAACCACAAACAUUAGUAUUAAAUUCUAUGCCAAUAUUGGUACAACAAAAUACACCACAAGGUAUACAGCUGGUAUUACGGCCAAGUACACCAAAUAACAAUGGUGGUGCAACUUUACAACAAUUAACGUCAAAUAAUCAUCAAAUCAAUCGACAAAAUUUGAUAUUGCAACAACAAGGUGGUAAUUCUUCUCAACAUCAGCAACAACAAACAGUAUUAUUACAGCAUACACCACAGCAAUCACCAGCUGGAUCACGACAAACCACUAUACAACAGCCGCAGCAAUUAGUUCGUGUAUUAACUGCAAACGGUAUGAUACAACAAUUAGCAACACCAACAUUUAUUGCAAUGAAUGGUCAACAAUUAAACAUACAACAUUUAACAAAUUCGAUAUUACAACAACAGCAACACCAGCAACAAGUACAACAACAACAAAAUACAAUUAUUGGAAAUGCUCAACAAAUAAUAAAUGCGGUUGCAACGAAUACAACACCAACAAUGUUAUCAAGUAAUAAUAACACAAUGACUAUGUCUAUAAAUGCUGCAGCGGCUGCAACAAUGACGGUGGAACAAGAACAAUCAAUACAACAACAAUUAACAUCAUUGUCAUCGUCUAUGUCAUCGACUACACCUACAGUUGUUACCGCGAAUAAUAAUCAUUCGAAUAACACGACGUCUGCUUCAAAUAGUGGUGCUAGUUCAACGUCUUUUACAGCUCCGAAAAAGAAACCAAAAAAGAAAAAGAAAAUUAAGGAGACAAAAGUUGAUUUAGCAAAUUUAAUGAAAUUAUCAGGUAUAGGUGACGACGACGAUAUAUACGAUACAGAUGUUGAUACAACCAGUACAACAAACACAAGUACCAAUAUUAUGAAUGCAACAAGUUUACCAUCAUCUUCAACAAUGACAACAACAUCAACAAUAACAACAAGUACAAAUACGAAUAACAAUGGAAAUAAUAAUAGCAACAACAAUAGUGUUAUUAUCAACAAUAUAAAUGCUAUACAACAACAAAUAAAACAACAGACAAAUAACAAUAGUAAUAACAAACAAACAACAACAAUUAUAAGUACACCAAAACAAUCACCGCAACAAUUUCAAUCACAACAUGAACAACAACAACAACAAUUCACAUUAAAUACAACAAACAAUAAUGAAUUAUCAAAUUUGUUAACAUUCCCAUCACAAAUUGGUAGCAUACAAAUAUCAGCAAUUACACCACCACAAUCACAAGCAACAACAUCAACAAUAACAACACCAACAACAACGAAAACAUUAACAAACACAACAACAACAUCAACAAUACAACAACAACAUCAACAACAAAACAAUAACAAGAGUAAUGUUAUUACAUUACAACAAAAACAAAUGAAUAAUAAUUUAUUAUCUCAACAACAACAACAAAUUAAUUUAAAUAAUAAUAUAACAACAAUACCAACUCAAAUUGGUAAUAUACAAAUAUCACAAAUAACACAACAAACAACACAUCAAUCACAACCACAACCACCACCACCUCCGCAACAACAACAACAAUCUCAACCACAGCAACAACCACUUGGUGGUUUUAAAUUAGCAAUGUCCGAAGAUGGUCGAAUUUUAUUACAACAUGAUCCAACGUUACAUCAAGAUAUUCAAUCACAAUUAUUGUUGCAACAAUUGUUUGGAUUAAAUAUAAUACAACCACAACAACAACCACAAAUAAUACAACAACAACAAGCACCACCUCCUCCACCCCCACCACCGCAACAAACACAACCGUUAUUGUUUAAUGAACCAUUAGUGCUGGCACCAAGUGGUAUAAAUGGACAAUUCAUGUUAAGUUUAACACAUGAACAAUUGGAACAAUUAAAAACACAAGCAACGAGUGGUGGUGGAACACAACAUCAUCAUCAUCAACAGCAACAACAACAGACAACAACGCAACAAACAACACAAUUUAAUGGACCUACGUUUAUUAUAAAUAAUAAUUCGAAUACAACAAAUCCAUUAAAUAAUGUUGUUACAAAUGGUACGGCUGCGAGUGGUAGUAUUGGUACGACUAUUAUUGGUUUAGGUGGAGGUCCUACAACCAAUAUUACCCAACAACAACAGCAACAAUUUAGUCAUAUAAAACCACAACAGAUACAAAUACAACAACAACAAAUCAUACAAACACCAUUGCAAUCGCCAAUACAGCAACAACAGCAGCCACAAAAUGUUAUUGGUAGUACGGCAGGAAGCAAUACAACUGUUAACAAACAACAACAACAAAAUAAAACAAGUGGAACAACAACAAUUAGCAAAUAA